CCAGUUUUUGUCCGCCAUAAUUGAGGAUGUUAAAGACGUCAGGUCGCUGGGUGGUCAACUCCUGUCCUAUGAUGAGGCUGAGGCCGUGGAAGCCGUACUGGCUGCGAAGAGUCUGCCGUUGCUGCAGGCGGCUGUUUAAGACCUUCCCCACCAGUGACUCCGCCAAGGGCAAGCCCCCCAGAGGGAGGUUCUUUAAACGGAAACACCACGUUGAGCCUACUCCAGCACCACCUCCAACUCCCACAGGGGGCUCCCCGGCAGUAUCCAGAGUCACCAUCGAUGAGGAGGUGCCCCAGGUUGGGACUGGGGCUGACUCUUUGGGGAAGGUUGCGAAGAGUCUGCAGAUGCUGCAGAAAGUUCUUUAAGACCUCCCCCAGCAGUGACUCCGAAAAGGGCAAGCCCCCCAGAGGGAGGUUCUGGCCACGAAGCAAGCAGGUUGAGCCGACUCCAGCGCCACCUCCAACUCCCUCAGGGGGCACCCCGGCAGUCUCGGGAGUCACCAUCGGUUUGACAACUAUCCAGGAGGAAGUGGACAGAGCUGAGGUCAUCUUCAGCUGGACCCAGUUCCUGUACGCAGUAAUAGAAGACGUCAAAGACAUCAGGUCGCAGGGUGGUCAGCUUCUGACCGAUGAUAAGGAUGAGGCUGUGGAAGCCGUACUGGAAAUUAUGGAGGAUGUCAAAAAGCAUCCGGACCCUGGGUUCCUGCUGCGGUUAAGCCUGGACGCCGUCACGGAACUCACCAAAAUGAAGCCGCCUAUGCCCUUCAAUCUCAAGGCAGCAGUCCUCAACGUGGCGGUGUCCGGGCUGAACCAAGUGGACCCAGGGACCCAGGAGAACAUGGCAUCCUUUAAGAAGAUGCUCAGGGGGCUGCUGGAGGAGGCCCCCUCUGUCUACAGCACCAUUGGCAUCUUGAAGGAGCUCCACAGGUAUAUUGAAUCAGAGGAGCCCCGGCUGCAGGCUCUGGGCCGAGAAGCCUACGUCUACGUCCUGCAGCAUGUGGCCAGACUGCCCAAUGUGGAACUGACCACACACAAGGCUCUCUUGCGCAUUGAAGAUGACUUGACUCAUCAUUUGAUUCAAAGCACCAUCAAAGGGCGGCUGGAAGGAAGGGCACGGCCCGCUCCCCACCCGUUAAAUGUGUUGAAAGUUGCUCUUUAUGGAAGGAGCGGAGGCAGCAGUGCCCGGGCUGAUGCCUUGCCUGCACAAGCUCCAAGCGAUGUGCUUGCAUGAUGGCCAGUUUGAAGAACUACUCCGAGAGAGAGAAAAUAAGAUUCCAGGAUCAGAGUUCCAGUAUCGAUUGAUUGAUUUUAUUGAACGUAUUUAUGUACCACCCGAAACGUAUGUCUCUGGGAGGUUUACA